AUGCCUCCUCUACCACGCCGGAACAUCGCCGGCGAUGCCAACCCCACGCCCACCACCUCCCAUUCCGGCAUGGUCAAGCUCCUAGCCGACAUCCUGCACCACACCCCGCCCUCCACCUGGCCGCCCGCGCUCGCGUCGCCGGCGCUCCGCAGCCGCCUCGCCCCCGCCCACGUCUCCUCGCUCCUCCUCCUCCCGGCAUCGCUCUCCCGCCCGGACCUCUCCCGCCGCUUCCUCCUCCUCCUGCCUCCCCACCUCGUCUCCUCGCUCUGCCUCUCCCUCCUCGCGCUCACAUUCGUCUCCGCCUCGCCGUCCUCCCCGCCGCCCUCCCCACACGCCGCCUCCCUCCUGCUCUCCCUCGCGUCCUCCUCCCCUUCCGCGUCCUCCUCCUUCUCUUCCCUCUCCCACGCCUCCUCGCUCUCCCCAUUCCCACCUGCCACCACCGCCGCCGCUGCCACGCUUCUCGCCUCCUCGUACCUCCGCCUCCGCCGCGCCCGCGACGCAGCCGCCGUCCUUCACCUCUCCCUAUCCGCCGGAAUCACUCCGAACCAAUACACGGUUUCCCAGAUUCUGCUCUCUCUUGUCAAGAUUCGUCAGUUCACCCUUGCCCGUGCUGUGUUCGAUGAAAUGCUCCAGUCUGGUGUUCGUCUGGACGAGUAUCUUUACACGGCUGGGAUUCGGGCCUACUGCGAGGCCCGUAAUAUCGAUGGCGCGAAGGGGCUUGUGGCUAGGAUGCAGGACGAGGGGGUCAAGGUCAGCGUGGUGCCGUACAAUGUGUUGAUGUAUGGUUUGUGCAAGAAUCAGCGUGUUCAGGAGGCGGUGGAGGUAAAAAAUAGCAUGGUGGCGAGAGGAGUUGCAGCUGAUGAAGUGACUUACCGGACGCUAGUGUAUGGGUUUUGUCGGACGGAGUCGCUGGAAAUGGCAUUGAGAAUGACAUAUGACAUGGCCAGGCUAGGCUUUGUCCCAUCAGAGGCCAACUGCUCAUUUAUGCUUGAUGGGCUACGAAAGAGGGGGAAGGUUGAAGAGGCUUUCAGGUUAGCUUGUCGGUUGGGCGAGUUGGGCAUGGUGCCGAACAUAUUUGCAUACAAUGCAUUGCUUGAUAGUCUGUGCAAGAAUGGUAUGUUUGGUGAGGCAGAUAAGCUUUUCAAUGAGAUGGUAGACAAGGGUCUUGAGCCAAAUGAGGUGACCUAUUCAAUAUUGAUACAUUCAUUUUGCAAAAGGGGGAUGAUGGAUGAUGCACUUGAUAUGUUUGAUAGGAUGAGGGAGAAGGGUGUCAGAGUGACGGUUUAUCCUUACAAUUCCUUAAUUAACGGUUGCUGCAAACAGGAUGAUUUAGACAGGGCAAUGAGCUUUCUGAGCGAGAUGGUUGAUAUGGGAGUGACACCGAAUGCAGCUUCAUAUUGUCCACUCAUAGCUGGUUUCUGUAGAAAAGGGGAUCUGUCCAGUGCUGUGGAACUCCACAGGGAGAUGGCUGAGAAGGGUGUUGCAUGGAAUACUUAUACGUUCACAGCACUUAUCAAUGGCUUCUGCAAGGCUAAAAAGAUGGAUGAAGCUUCUCGGUUGUUUGAUAAGAUGAUUGACAGAAACCUAGUACCAAAUGAAGCAACUUUUAAUGUCAUGAUAGAAGGGUAUUGCCUGGUAGGUAAUAUAAGAGAGGCAUUCCAGUUAUAUGAUCAGAUGGUGGAUAGGGGCCUUAAACCUGACAAUUACACCUAUAGGUCAUUGAUAAGUGGAAUAUGCCUGACCAGUGGAGUGUCGAAAGCGAACGAGUUUGCUGCUGAUAUAGAAAAGAACUGUUCUUUGCUAAACAAAUUUAGCCUAGCCGCACUUAUGCAUGGAUUCUGUAGAGAAGGAAGAUGGACCGAAGCAUAUGGUGUUCGGAAUGAGAUGGCAAUGCGGGGAGUCAAACUUGAUCUUGUCAGCUUUACCAUUAUUGUAUAUGCAGCUUUGGAACAGCAUGAUGCGGAAAAAUCCUGUAUGUUACUGAGGGAAAUGAAACAAAAUAGUGUCAGGCCAGACAAUGUGUUCCAUACAUGCAUGAUUAACAUGCAUUCAAAAGCUGGAAACAUGGUUGAAGCAUUAAAUUGUUGGGACAAGAUGAUUGCUGAUGGCUGCUUUCCAAAUACCGUCACGUAUACGGUUUUAGUAAAUAAUCUCUGCAAGUCAGGGCAUUUGAGCAGCGCAGAGCUCCUUUGUAAAGAAAUGUUAGCCAGCCACUUCCUUCCUAACAGUUACACUUAUAAUUGUUUUCUUGAUUAUUUUACAACUCAAGGGGACCUGGAGACAGCUAAACAUCUCUAUCUUGCCAUGCUUCGAGGCUCUCUUGCUAACAUAGUGACAGUUAACACAUUGAUCAAGGGGUUCUGUAAGGUCGGGCAGAUUCAAGAAGCAAUUGACCUUAUUCGUAAGAGUACUGAAAAUGGUUUUUUUCCUGAUUGCAUCAGCUAUUCUACAGUAAUACAUGAACUCUGCAAGAAGGGUGAUACAAAUAAAGCGUUUGAGCUUUGGAAUGAAAUGCUGUACAAGGGAUUAAAGCCUGAUAUUGUAGCAUACAAUAUUUUGAUACGGUGGUGCAAUGUCCAUGAUGAAAUUGAUAAGGGUUUAGAAAUAUACAAUGAUAUGAUUAAGAAAGGGGUGCAACCGAACUGGCACACAUAUAGAGCUCUUCUCUUGGGAACUUCUGUGAUGACCAGCAAGCAAGAUGAUAUACUGCUGAUAACCUGAUGUUUAGGGUCACCCUUUUAAUGGUCUUAAUCAAGUAGUCUGACUCAUCACACUGAGGAGCUCCCUGAGCAGUUGCUGCAUGACAGAUCUGGGGCUGCCAGAAUAUACAACUGCUUCUUUCAGUGAUACGGCGAUGCCUGAGGUUUUGGGCAUAUCAGCGAAAUGGACAAAAAUAUUGAUGGUUGGAGUGGUUGAUGAAUCUGAAUCCGUCGAAAGCUAAGCUCGGUGACCAUAACAUGGUCCUGCAGUCAUCUGUGUGGUACACCUUAUCCGCCUUUUUUGAAGGAACAUGAUGUCCGUGAAUCGUGGUCUGUACGGCAUGACUGCCAUUCCUGAUGGAGUGACGGUGUGCUCGUCUGUCUAGAUGCCAGUUGUGCUGGUUUCCAC